AUGAAGUCUUCUCUGGGGAAGCAGCUCAAGAAGCUUUCACUUCACAAGACUAGUUCCGAUGUUGCUGCAAAGGAGAAGAAGGAUCAUAGUCAUCACCAAGCUUUGGGCCAUUUGGAAGCCCUCUCUCAGGCCUCCCAGGAUAUGAAAGAGAUGAGAGAAUGUUGUGAUACCUUACUUUCUGCUGCCGCUGCAACCACAAAUAGUGCUUAUGAAUUUUCAGAGUCUCUACUGGAGAUGGGAAAUUGUCUGCUUGAGACAACCGCAUUGGAUAGUGAUGGAGAAUGUGGAAAAGCAUUGUCAAUACUGGGAAAUGUCCAGCUUGAGCUCCAGAAGCUUGUCGAUGGUUAUCGUUCUCAUGUUAUCCUAACCAUAACCAACCCGUCGGAGUCACUUCUUUCGGAGCUUCGUAAAGUAGAGGAAAUGAAACAACAGUGCGAUGAGAAAAGGUGCAUAUAUGAACAUAUGGUGGCACAACGUGGCGAUAAAGGAAAGUCAAAAAGUGGAAAAACGGAAAGCACUACCCCACAGCAAAUACAAGCAGCUCGUGAAGAGUAUGAUGAAGUUGCUAGGCUGUGUGUUUUCCGUGUAGAGUCAUUGAAACAAGGGCAGUGUCGUAGCCUUCUAACUCAAGCUGCUCGUCACCAUGCAGCUCAGCUCAUUUUUUUCCGCAGGGGACUUAAAUCUCUUGAAGCAGUUGAGCCAUACAUGAGAAAUGUUGCACAAAAUCAACAUAUUGAUUAUCAACUUAGUGAAUUGGAUGAGGUCGAAGAUGUGCAGGAUAGCAGUAACAGUGAUGAUACUAGUUAUGAUGGCGAGUUGAGUUUUGACAACAUUCAAAAUAGUCAAGAAAAUGAUAACACAGGCAUCUCAAGGAACUCAAUGGAGUUGGAUAUGAACUGGGUGGAUGCUCCGGUUCCUCAGAUUUCGGGAUUGGAUGAUACAGAGAUAUUCGGGAAAAAGAAAGGGGGGGACCAAGGUAUUAAUAGGAAAGGUCGAGUGAGCAGCUACUCUGCUCCACUAUAUCCAGACAAGCUUGAUCCAACUGAAAGAAUCAGAGAAGUGCAGACAUCAUCAAUUCAGAAAGUUCAUGCAUAUGCGCUACCAACUCCUGCUGAUGCAAGGAAUUCAUCAAAUCCAAGGACAACCAGUUCUACCCUUCACUCCAAUAUCGCUAGUGUCAGUGGCAACAGUGCUAGCAAUUUGUGGCACUCGUCACCACUCGAUGCCGAGAAGGCCAGAAGAUUUAUCGAUGAUAACUUGGCGACACGCUCUGUUUCCAAAUUGUACUCUGGAAUAAAAGAUGGUGACCAUAAUAAUAAUGCAUCUAUUCCUCUUCCCUCCCCCUUAACGGAAGGGAUUUCACAUCCGCAACUUGAUAUGCUCAAUGGACAUGAUGCCAAGAAAGUUAAAAGACAAGCUUUCUCUGGUCCGUUGUUGAGUAAGCCAUCAUCUAGCAAGCCUCUGAUAUCCGGCAGUGGGCCCAUUGGCACUACAGAACUACCACAAGCAGUUUCUGGCGUUCUUUUGAGAAUAUCAACCUCUCAGCCGUCUUCAACAUUGAAUGCCUCCCAGAGUGUUUCACCUCCUCUUGCAUCUUCCCCUAAGAUAAGUGAGCUCCAUGAACUCCCUCGGCCUCCUCCUCCUGGUGGUUCAGGUGGCAAAUUAGCAAGUUCUUCUAGUGCAAUGGGGCACUCUGCUCCUUUGAGUAACAGGCAUCGUGAAGUGUCUCCAACUAACAGGAGUUCUGUCUUGACGUCGAACACAGGAUCUCCACUUCCCACUCCUCCCCUGACUGUUCCUCGAAGUUUCUCCAUACCUUCUAGUAAACACAGAGUUGCAGCACACGUGACCCAGCUAUUGGAAUCCCAUGAGAUAAAAGGAAAGGCAGAACAAUUACCUUCGCCUCCUUUAACACCUAUUUCUAUGUCUAACUUGAAGUCAGCAACCGUAAUUACUGAGCUUGCGUCCAAUCUAGGCAGAUGA